AGGAUCAAGCGCCGCUGGAUCAGCCGUCCAUUCAAUACUUGCUAUUCAACUGCCGAGGGCGGUGAGCGACGGAUAUUUUUGGGGCCCACAGUGGAGAUGAUCGGUGAUCGCAGUGUCUGGGUCACCGAGGCUGUGUUCCCUGUCUGCAAUUUCGGGCAAGCCUAGGGGCCCAAGCGGAAAAGGUAAGCCGACUCCGUCGGCGGCGGCGGCGAUCAUGGCCGCGCAGAGGGAGAAGUCCGCGGCCGUGGCGGUCGCCCCAGCACACGGCGCUGCGGUUUCGGGGUCUCCUUCUCCUUCUUCCUCAUCCGGAGGCCCGGCAGUGUCGGCGUCCUCGUCGGGAGACCGGUGGUGCGCCGCGAUCGGUAACCUUGGGGAGCUCGGCGCCAACGUGGACGCGCUGCAGAAGCUGCUCGGGCGGAAAGCCGUCUUCGUAGACGAUGACAUCUUCUCCAAGGCCUCCCUCGCCGCCGACCAGGCCCGCACCAUUAAGGUCCCUUCUCAAAUUCUUCAGCAUCGAACCAUUGAACGAGGUGGAGAAUCCGUUGAACAAGUAAAGGUGCUCUGGUCAGGAACUGAUGCAUCGUUGUCUACUUGGGAAGAUGCUGCAGCCCUGUGUUCCAGGUUUCCAGCAGCUCCAGCUUGGGGGCAAGCUUCUGCUCAAGUCCGGGGGAAUGUGAGGAUCCAGAACCAGCAGGGAGGAAUGACGACGCAAGAAGGUGGCGGGGAACGGCGAAGCGCAUGGAAGAAAUAUUUGAAUAGCAAAGUGUUUGGGCCACAAUGGGCCGUGUGAUUGUAAUAAGCCCGUGUAUGGAGCUGAUACUUGUGCCGUGCGUAUAAAACGCUAAGAACGAAAAGGCUGAAAGCAGAAAAUGAGAAAUAACAGAAUCGUUCCCCUGCCUGCCAUUCUGACCUUCUUCCCUGAUUCCUCCGAUUCUUUCCCACUCAAUUCCUCUAUCAGUCCAUUUGCUGACAUUGUAUCAACGGAUCAGACCAUAUCAGCUCCCUAUCGUUGUCGCCCCUUCUCUAUGCUCGUCAUCCGGGUUAUUGUAUCAACCGAUGCCGCCUCCUGAAGGGCGUAGAUUCGGUCCCCUGUACUUCAAAUGUGGAAUUCACUACUCAAAAAGCAAGAGGGGUGUGAUUUUGAGUGCUUGGAUGAUUCAGUUUAGUGCGACUUGUGUCUCUUUGGGCCUUUGGCAUAGGCUGGUAGAGCUAGGCUACUCCGGUUCGGCGUGAGUGACAUGGAAUUAGUUGACCUUUCAUGUAACGGAAAAAUUGAUUGGUACAGACCGGAAUUCAAAAGUGAUGGGUGAACUAGAAUGCAAAAGAUUGUACUUUGUGUUCCAUUUUCACGAACCGGAUUCCCUGUUUUUUUUUCUCCUUGCUGUAAGAGAAUGUGAUAGAUAUGAUAGGUGAUACUUCCUCCGUUCUUUUUUAUUUGUCGCGUUUUAGUUAAAAAAUGAAUUAGCCGGCGACAAAUAUUCGAGAACGGAGAUAGUACAUCCAAAGGCGAGGUGGCUGUUUUACUGCAAUAGAGUUAAACCUUUAAUGUAAAGAUAAAUUGAUGUAAAAAUUGAGCAGCUUGGACCUAAAUUAUUGAUCUACUGACUUAAGGAUUUAUUACAAAAGGUCAGAGGUGAAUUUAUGUGAUGUGCUUGUGCAUACCAAUUUAUGUUCUCUCAAAAUUUGUUCCUUCAGAUCUCCCAUAUUUUUGUCAAUUUGGAAAUAUAGAAGAGAUAAUAAUCUAAUGCUCACAAACAGAAGUUCAUAUUAUGCUUCUAAGAGUUAUUAUGUUUUAAUUUUGUACUCCUAGGUUAUAAUAUGUUUUAUCUUGUGUUUUUUUACCACUUAUUGCUUGGACCAUGUAACUCUCUAGCUUAAGGUCAUGUUUGGAAGCAACCCAGUUUUUAAGAAAUCAGUUUUUAGUUUUUUUAGCCAGGAGAGGCUAGCUUCUUAGUUUUUAAGAAACUAUAAAUCUAAUUUGUAUAAACUAGUAUGUUUGGAACCACCUCAGUUUUUAUAAACCAGUUUCUUAAAUUCUGGGUGGUUCCAAAGAGGCCCUAAUUAGCUCAUAAUGAUUUAGUUUCAAGUCAUUUAACACAAAAAUCUCAAGACAUGUAUUUAGUUGACUUUGUUGUAAAAUUGUAUUUCUUACUUGAGUUCAAAUAAAGUUAGUUUAUUUAGAUUGCAGAAACUUUCACACGUUGGGAUCUCUAGAGCAAUUAAUAAUAAGUCGAUGAAUAAACUUUAAAGUUCUUAUCAUUUAGUGUAUAUGUGACAAUUAACUGUUGUAUGCUAGUAAUGUAUUUUUGUGGUAUGGUAAUUAUUAGAAACAAUGUAGAUGACACAACCAAAGAAGACCAAAACAUGUUGCUUCCUUGAUUUGCAUGCAGUGAUCUGGUUUGACAAGUGUAACCAGAGGAACUACAUAAAUGCUAAUGUGGUUGACCCUUUGACUCUGUUACGAUACAAUUUGUUCUUGAUGGGGAAAUAGCCAAAUAGACCAUCAUGUCUUCCAAGUUAACCAUUAUCCCCUAAAUCAUUUGAACAAGUUUAUUCUUGUUUCUGU